CCCUUCCAAUAUUGUUUACAAUGAUUUGUUUUGAAGAUUUUACAUUUGCCAGAAGAGGACAGCUUUAUAUCUACGUUGAGCAUGCGCACCCUAUUUCUAGUUCCAAUGAAAAUCGAUUUUAUCAUUAACACGCAGGACAUUUUCACUCUUCAUUCUGUUCCUUAUUAUAUUUCAUGUAGAACAGUUGUUCGUUGGAUUGAUUGAAAAAUAUUAAUUAAGUUAAAAGUGAUUUAAUGGACAACUUUUGAUCAAAAUGUAUCGAUAUCGGAUUAAUUAAAGUGAAUGUAACGUUGUGAUAGUGAAAUUUUUUCAUAAAAUCUACAAACUCAUCACAAUAAGAAGUUCUGACACAAUCAAUAUAAUCAUCUAAAAACCUUUCAACCAAAAACGAGAAAAAUGUCAUCAGUAAAGGUAGCAGUUCGAGUUCGUCCAUUUAACUCGCGGGAAAUUAGUCGUGAGGCAAAAUGUAUAAUUGAAAUGUCUGGAAACAUGACAGCAAUCACAAAUCCAAAAGUACCUCCCGGUACAGCUGAUUCUGUGAAACGAUUCAAUUUCGAUUACUCAUAUUUUUCGCAUGACACAUCUGAUCCUGAAUUUGCGACGCAAGAAAUGGUCUAUUCUGAUAUUGGAGAAGAAAUGCUUCAUCAUUCGUUUGAUGGAUACAAUGUUUGCAUAUUUGCUUAUGGACAGACUGGUGCUGGAAAAUCAUACACAAUGAUGGGAAAGCAAGAAGCAGGCCAAGAGGGUAUCAUUCCAAUGAUAUGUGAUGAUCUUUUCAAAAAAAUCCACUCAACGGAAAGCGAUUCAUUAAAAUAUUCAGUCGAAGUAUCAUAUAUGGAGAUUUAUUGUGAACGCGUACGCGACUUGUUGAAUCCAAAAAAUAAAGGAAAUUUGCGUGUACGAGAGCAUCCAUUGUUGGGUCCGUAUGUAGAAGAUUUAUCAAAAUUAGCUGUUACUUCAUACCAAGAUAUUCAUUAUUUAAUUGAUGAGGGUAAUAAAGCAAGAACUGUAGCAGCAACAAAUAUGAAUGAGACGAGUUCUAGAUCUCAUGCUGUCUUUACGAUAUUCUUCACGCAACAGAAACACGAUGAUACAACUAACUUAGUAGCUGAAAAAGUAUCAAAAAUUAGUCUUGUCGAUUUGGCAGGAAGUGAACGAGCUGACAGUACAGGUGCAAAAGGCACGAGACUCAAGGAAGGUGCAAACAUUAAUAAAUCAUUGACUACAUUAGGAAAAGUUAUAUCUGGAUUAGCAGAACUUUCUGCUUCAAAAAAUAAGAAGAACAAGAAAGCUGACUUUAUUCCCUAUCGUGACUCUGUUCUCACUUGGCUCUUACGUGAGAAUCUUGGCGGAAAUUCAAAAACAGCUAUGAUUGCUGCAAUUUCACCGGCUGAUAUUAAUUAUGAUGAGACAUUAAGUACCCUUAGGUAUGCGGAUCGAGCAAAACAAAUUGUUUGUAAAGCUGUUGUUAAUGAGGAUGCUAAUGCUAAACUUAUUCGAGAAUUGAAAGAAGAAAUUCAAAAAUUACGUGAAUUAUUGAAAAAUGAGGGAAUUGAAGUUCAUGAAGGACCUGACGGAAAAAUAAUUUGUGAAAAGCGAGAUUCCAACAAAGAUGAAGACAAAGGUGCAAACGAUGGCAAAGAGAUUGUUUUAUCGCCUGUCAAAGGACGUACCCGAACGGGUUCAACGACGGAAAUGGCAGUUGAUCAAUUGCAGGCGAGUGAGAAAUUGAUAGCUGAAUUGAAUGAGACGUGGGAAGAAAAGUUAAAACGAACUGAACAGAUCCGUGUACAACGUGAAGCUAUAUUUGCGGAAAUGGGUGUUGCUGUAAAGGAAGAUGGCAUAACGGUUGGUGUAUUUAGUCCCAAAAUGACACCACAUUUAGUUAAUUUGAAUGAGGAUCCAACUCUUUCGGAAUGUUUACUGUAUUACAUUAAAGAUGGAAUUACGAGAUUAGGAACGCAUGAGGCUAAUUUGCCACAGGAUAUACAAUUAUCUGGCUCGCAUAUUUUAAAAGAACAUUGCAUAUUUGAGAAUAGGCUUGGAAUUGUUACUUUGAUACCAGCAAAGGACGCUUUGGUAUAUUGUAAUGGUCGUAAAGUUACAGAGCCCGAAAUCCUUUCAACUGGCUCGCGUGUAAUUUUAGGAAAAAAUCACGUUUUUCGCUUUACACAUCCUGAACAAGCUCGAGAGAAACGCGAAAAAGCUGUUGACAUUAUGCAGGAGUCAAAAAGUGAAGUUGUCGACUGGAAUUUCGCACAAUGUGAAUUAUUGGAGAAACAGGGUAUUGAUUUGAAGAAAGAAAUGGAAAAACGUUUGAUAAUUUUGGAAGAGCAGUUCCGACGUGAAAAACAGCAAGCUGAUCAAGAAUUUGAGGAGCAAAGAAAGACAUAUGAAGCGAGAAUUGAUGCUCUUCAAAAACAAGUUGAAGAACAAUCAAUGACAAUGUCAAUGUAUAGCAGCUACAGUCCUGAAGACUUUCACCAAGAAGAUAUUUUUGUUAACCCACUUUUCGAUGGACAAGCAAAUUGGUCAACGCGUCAAGCUGGUUUAGUCGCAUGGGCAUUCAGAAAAUGGCGUUAUCAUCAGUUUACAUCAUUACGUGAUGAUUUGUGGGGAAAUGCAAUUUUCCUAAAGGAAGCAAAUGCCAUUUCCGUUGAGUUGAAGAAAAAAGUUCAAUUUCAAUUUACUUUAUUGACUGACACGCUUUAUUCACCACUUCCACCUGACUUGCAAACAAAUGCAUUAAUGAAUAUUAAUGAUGAAGAUUUUACUAGUACAGCAGGUGUUCCUCCACCAUCUCGCACAAUUGUUGCUGUCGAAGUUACUGACAUGAAGAAUGGUGCAACACAUUAUUGGUCGUUAGAGAAAUUGCGCUAUCGACUUGAAUUGAUGCGUCAAAUCUACAACACUGCUGAGAGUCCAGAAAUGACGAUAUUACAAUUGAUGGACACAAUGGUCCCGUCUGUUGGUAAUGUUACUAAUAGUAUCGAUUCAACAGCUGCCAAUCAUUCUGUUAAUCAUUUACCACAACCAGUCAUUGAAUCUACUGGAAUUAUUGGACAAACAAGCAGUUACAGAAACCCAUCAAGACUUUCGUUAGCUAACUUAUUGCCUUCUAGUCAACGCCUGGAGUUGAUGCGUGAGAUGUAUCAUAAUGAGGCUGAAUUAUCGCCAACAUCGCCGGACUACAAUGUAGAAAGCCUUACUGGGGGCGAUCCAUUUUAUGAUCGCUUUCCAUGGUUUCGCCUUGUGGGUCGAUGUUUCAUUUAUUUGAGCAAUUUGUUAUAUCCUGUACCGUUGGUACAUAAAGUACCCAUCGUUAAUGAGAGAGGAGAUGUCCGCGGGUAUAUAAGAGUCGCUCUGCAGCCCGUUUUGGAUGAAGAGAAUUCUGAUUUUAGUAAUGGAGUUAAACAAUCAGCACGAAUAGUAUUUGAUGAAGAAAAUACAAGCAACUUACCAAAGAUUAAGCUUCGCUCACUUGCAAAUGAGAAGGAUGAAAAGUAUGCAGAUGGUGAUGGAAAUUUGAAAAUAGAAGAAGUCGAACAAGAAGAUGUCGAUUCCGGACGUGGAGAUUCGAGUGUAGCAUCAGAAUUUCACGAUAAUCAAGAAGAACAGCAAAGUGAACAUUUGUUGACUGGAAAAGAAUUUACAUUCCGUGUGACUGUCUUACAAGCGAGUGGAAUUCCAGCUGAAUUUUCCGACAUCUUUUGUCAAUUCAAUUUUAUGCAUCGCCACGAAGAAGCAUUCAGCACUGAGCCAAUAAAAAAUUCAGGUGCACCAAUUGGCUUCUAUCAUGUUCAGAACAUUACAGUUCCUGUAACGAAAUCAUUCAUGGAAUAUUUAAAGACUCAACCAAUCAUGUUUAAAGUAUUUGGUCAUUAUCAGAAUCAUCCAUUGCACAAGGAUUCGAAGCAAGACACAGUCACAAGACCACCACCUAGGCGAAUGCUUCCACCAAGCAUUCCAAUCUCUCAACCAGUUAGAAGUCCCAAAUUUGGUCCACUUCCAUGUCCAGUAUCAUCAACUGUUUUGGCAAAGCACGAUGUUCUCGUUUGGUUUGAAAUUUGCGAACUUGCACCAAAUGGAGAAUAUGUACCAUCUGUGGUUGAUCAUAGUGAUGACUUGCCAUGUCGUGGAUUGUUUUUACUUCAUCAAGGAAUCCAAAGAAGAAUUCGUAUAACAAUUGUCCAUGAACAUUCAACUGAACUUAAAUGGAAAGAAAUUCGUGAAUUAGUUGUUGGACGAAUUAGAAAUUCUCCAGAACCAGCAGAUGAGGUUGAUGAUGAAGAUUCGUGUGUACUUUCACUUGGCCUAUUUCCUGGUGAAUAUAUUGAAAUUCCUGGUGAUGACCGAGCAUUUUAUCGAUUUGAAGCUGCUUGGGAUUCAAGCUUGCACAAUUCAACAAUGCUUAAUCGAGUAUCACAAGCUAAUGAGACAGUCUAUAUUACUUUAAGUGCUUACUUGGAGCUCGAGAAUUGCGCGCGACCAGCAAUAAUAACAAAAGAUUUAAGUAUGGUGAUUUAUGGACGUGACGCACGCAUUGGACCCCGAUCACUGAAACAUCUCUUCUCAGGAAAUUAUCGUAAUCCGGAAGCUAAUCGACUGUCUGGCGUUUAUGAGCUAUCACUAAGACGAGCAUCUGAAGCAGGUAGUCCAGGAGUUCAAAGACGUCAACGACGUGUUUUGGAUACAAGUUCAACAUAUGUUAGAGGUGAGGAGAAUCUUGAUGGCUGGCGUCCACGCGGUGAUUCACUCAUCUUCGAUCAUCAAUGGGAAUUAGAAAAACUAACUCGAUUAGAGGAAGUGGGACGUGUAAGACAUUUAUUGCUUUUACGUGAACGUUUGGGAUUAGAUACAACACCCAAUCCAACCACAAAAACUGAAAAAGAUGUUUGUAAUUUGGCAGCACGUGCCAAUCAAUCACCUGUUCAUAAUAUGGUUAUUCCACCAUCACCACAAACUCCCGUUACAGAUCCAAUUUUAAUGGAUCGAGAACAUACACAGCGUGAACAGGAUUUAUUGAAGAGAUGUGUAAAAUUAAUUCAAGGUAGAAUUGGAAUGAUUAUUGACGAUGAAAAAGAGAAGGAAAAUGACAUUUCUGCAUCACCUGCCGCAGAUGAUAAUUGUCCAGAUUUGACUGUUAGCUAUGCGUCUGAUUUAGUAUCGCCUCAAAGCUAUGGAGUAGACGUUCCAAAUGGCUGGGAACCACCACUUCUUAAGUCUGUUCCACAAGAACAGUCAUUACGUCUUUACGUACCAGAUUUAGAGGAAAUUCGAGUAAGUCCAGUUGUUGCACGAAAAGGUUAUUUGAAUAUACUUGAACAUGGAUGUGCUGGAUGGAAAAAACGAUGGGUUGUUGUUCGUCGACCAUAUGUCUUUAUUUAUCGAUCUGAUAAAGAUCCUGUUGAACGAGCUGUCAUUAAUCUCGCAACAGCACAAGUUGAAUGUAGUGAGGAUCAAGCAGCUAUGGUUAGAGUUCCAAAUACAUUCAGCGUUGUCACAAAGCACAGAGGAUAUUUGCUCCAAACACUCUUUGAUAAAGAAGUACACGACUGGCUGUAUGCAAUAAAUCCCCUUCUCGCCGGUCAAAUCAGAUCUCGAUCGGCACGUCGAAACAUGGUGUCAGCAUCAUCACAGCAAACAAACAUUAUGGCAACAGCUCCACAACCAAAUGCACAGGUCAAGGAUAAAUAGGAUACGUUAACGAUGGAAUCUGUGUUAGUUUAUUAAAUGGUGAGGACUUUUUAUCUCUUUUUCUUGUGCUCCGUUCAUGAAAGCUGCUUUGAAAUGACAUUUAAAAUAGGAUAAAUAUAAAUAUUUGUGAAUCAAGUGAUGGGGCAAAUAUUAGAGAAAUUAUUUUGUCAUGUGGGAGUGACAUGCUUCAGUAUUAAAGUUUCUCAGUAGUUGAGUAUGCUUGACUGCUUUUUACCACAACCACCAAACAUACAUAUAUUAAUUAAGUUAAUCCAAAAAUCACCUAACAAACUAGAUGUCUUGUUAUCUUCUUAAAGGCAACAUAUAUUAAAGUUAAAAUUAAUCUCCAGUAAUCCUUACAUUCGACGAACCUCCUCCUGUGCAAAAAUGUGUAAGAAUAAUGGCAAAAAAUCACAGUAAAUAUUCUUGUAUGCCAUGAUGCUGAACGAAAAUCACUGUUGAUGCUCACAUAAGCUAUAAUGUUGAAAUAAAGUUAUAAGCCUACGUUAUCUGUACUUUUAGCAUCUUGAAAUUUAAUAAUAAAGACGUUCUGUUGUUGAAAAUUUGCCAUUAAGAAAAUUUUAAGGGAUUUUUCUGAUGCGUGGAGCAUAUAGCUAUAAAGAAUACAUACCAUAAGAUAUUUAAAGAUUUUUCGUCAGCGAAUUAAGCACUUGAGGGUUUACCUUAAAUACACAAAGUCUCAUGCUAAUUUUUGUGUAUAUUCUUAGAAUGUAAAUUCAUCUGUGCAGGAGUAAGUGUAUGUAAGAAAAGCAAGCCAAGAAGAAAAUUAUUAAUCAAGUUUUUCAGCAUUAACUAGGUUAUUCCAAGACAUAAUGAAACUGUUUGCUUUAAAAUUAAAGUCUACAAAAAAAUAAUUCAGCAUGAAGAUCAUUCAAGUCAAGCAAUAUGAGCACAAUUAAAAUAUUCUCAAAUAUCAGCAAACCUUUUUUUUUCUAAUGAAUAUAUUAAAAUAAUCAGAAUAGACAUUUCGCAUUCCUAAGAGGAAUCAUUUUCAUGAAUAUUACUCGUUCGAUGAGGAUCCAACCUUUUUUUUACGGUUGCAGAAUAUUAAGUUUUAUUGUUCAGCAUCUUUAAAUAUUGAUUACGUGGUGAUGACAAUAUGGUGCAAAAGGUGUCUAAAAUUAGAUAUGUAUAGACAUUCUUAAUUGAUUUGGAAUUGAGGCUUGAAUGUUUUUGAAAUUGAGGUUGGAAAAUCGCAGAAGUGUGGCGUUUAAAUUGAUUUUAAAGCUCAUAGUUUGUUGUCAAUGAAUGGGACAGAUAUGAGUGGAAUUCAUACUGAGAUAUCUGAGGUCCAUUGCACAACUAAAUGAGACAACUCUAGCAGAGCUCAAAGUCGAUUCCAACAAACAAAAAUCGAUGAAAAAUUUGAGUCGACUUCGAGCUCUGAACUGUAAUCAAAAAAUUUAUUUCAUAGCUUGAAAUAAGACCUACAUGGACCCUUCAGAAAGAAAUUUAAAAGAUUCCACAAUAUUUUAAUAAAAUUCAAAACUUAAGCUUUCAUGGAACAGAAGAAGAGAGAAAAAUAGUAAGAAUAAAUCGAGUGAUGUUGCAAUAAAUUUUCAUGAUACGAAAUGAGAAAAAAUAACACAUAUUUCAUCGUUCCAAUUCAUCUCCUUUUUGUCUUGAUUCAAAAAAAUGAAGAAUAUGAAGAUUAAAAAAUAUAUUAUUAUUAUUGAGAAAAAAAAUAUUAUUUCUACUUAUGAGAAUAACAUAAAGAAUAUUAAUGGCAAACAAAUGAGAAAAAAUGAAUUUCUAAAUGUAUUAUAAAAAACUAUAUAUUAACAUUUUAUUCCAAUGAAAUUGAAAUUGAGAUAAAAAAUGAUGAAGCGCCUGAGAUAAGUUUAACACAAAAAAAAAAUAUUUGAAAUGAAAUUUAAAUUUUUUUGCUUACAAAACUGCUUUUGAGGAAUUUUUUUCCUUAGUUUUCCAUUAAAAUGAUAUAAUAAUGUGUACAGAAGUUAUUUAUCUUUCAUCUAUUCCUAUCUAUAGAUUCAUCUUCAUCUCAAGCCUUUCCCAUUUUCUAUAUGACGAUGCUUUUUAUGCGAAGGCAGCUUUUUGCCUUUAAACUUUUUUUUUCGUUCUUAUUUUUCUUUACAAUUUUACAUCUGUAAAUAGUUUUAAUUAUAUUUUGUGCUAAUUUGCAUAAAAGCUUUUUAAUAAAUUAGAAAAAAAUUACUUGACGUGUUGAAACUGAUAAGGUAUAAAAUGAUUCAUGUGUACAGAAAAAACAAACCUUUAAGCGCAUUUCUAUGAGUCUUCAGUAGAUGAGAUCUUCAUUGAUAAUGAUUCCCACGAGUGAGAAAGUCUGAAAAUAGAAAUCUUUCUAAGUAAAGCUCAAUAGACUUAUUUGUUGUCGAAUCAUUAUGAAAAGAAUUCGCGCUGCCCUAGAGAAAUCAAGAGACGCUAAUGGAUUCUUUUUAAUUUUGUUUGAAUGUUCUCGUGAAAAUUUUGCGAACUGAGUUUAAAGAUGAUGAUUUUCCAUAUGUUGCUGAAUUUUUACAGCUUUAUUCAUAGAAAUUUUGGAGUUCGAGAUGAUAAGAGUCAAAUCCACAAUGGAAUCGUUUGUCGAUCAGUGGCCUAAACUCUGUGUCCAAGUAGAAGUAUUUCUAGUCAUAAUGUCAGAUUCAUGUAGUCUGCUCUAACCAAACCUUUUGAAGAAUCUUACAGAAAUGUCUCCUUUUAAUUAAAACACAUAAUUAUGAAGGCAUCCCAAUGUCAAAGAGCUCCAUUUAUAGCAAAGACCAGAAAAUCCUAUUUAAAUCUAAGAAUGUCACCUUGGAAUACUUCUGAGGUAAAAUCUUUUAAAAUUACAAAUUUAAAUUCCUUAAAAUACUCUAGGAAAUGCGCUAAAGAACAAAAGAUUGUAAAAAUGGUAAUAAAAUAAUUAAAAUAACAGCGAAAUACUACGGCAAUGAGAUACUUAAUGAAAAAUAUUUGUAAGUAAGUCAAGAGGAAACAAGAAAACUCGGUGAUUAGAAAGCUUUUACAGUUUUCUUUCUUUUCACUCAUUUAAUUGCAAAAAAAUUCUCUUAUUUUCACUUGAGUAGUGAAGUGUGUGCAAAUUUUCAGGAGGAAUCUUUCACAAAGUAAUUCACGUAAUUACUUUUUGUUGUGCUAAGAUUCACAAGAUGAUACAAUAGAAGAGGAUGAGAGAAAAAGUUGUUGUGGAGAAUUGAAUGAAUGCGUGGGUAUAUAUAUACAUAAAAGCAACCCUUAGAUAACUUUGCAAAUUAACAAUAAAAGAUAAUAAAGCAUAAAAGGGGUUAAACUUUGAGUAUUGGUUGCAUUCUUGACCUGCUUUUGUAAUAAACAGUUGUAGGUCGUGCAACUUAAACUUUUGUCAUUUUCUUUGUUUGUUAUGUUAAUGAAUGCGGCACUUCUAAUGGAGAGGAAUGCCAACUUAGCGAUAGUUUUCAAUUUUAAUAUCCAUUUAAUCUCGAUUCUUCGCGGGAAAUAUAAAAAUCCACAAUUCGAUUCACUAAAUUCUAAUGCAUGCAAUGACAUUCAUUUAAUUCACAUCAAUGCACUCUAAACUGUGCUUUUAAAUAAAUUGAGUUAAAGAACUGAAUUCGACUGAUUAUAUUCAAAUUCUAUUGUCAACAUUUUGCACUUUUUAAAGCAAAUAAAAGUAAAAAAAUUGUCAACAAAAAAGAGAGUAUGCAUACAUAUUGAUCGUAAUAAAAAUAGUGAUUUGACACAUUUAGGGAAUCUGUAUGCAAUGUGAUUUAAAUUCUCUCUUUUUGUGCUGACAGCAGGCUUCUUACCAAAAAAACAAGAAUUUUAUAUUAAGUCUGAAGCAUUGAAAUUUACCAUCAAAAAAUAUAACGAUCAUGAAAAUGACAUCAAAAAGGUUUUAACCCCUUUUAAAUCCCCCCCAAAAAAAUGUAUAUCUUUUAAUAAAUGUAACCUGAGUUUAUGAAAAAAGCCAUAAAAUGUGAAUGAACAAAAAAAAGUAUGAGAAAUUCUAGUUUUUCAACAUCAGCAGUAUUCGCUACUUCAUGCAUAUGUAUGCUUCUUAAAAUGCAUUUACUAGGAGUUUAUUCCUUUUAUUUUUAAAAAUGAAAUUUUCAUGAGCAUUUUCUACUUAUUCAUUGAAAUUGAAAUUGAAAAAAAAGCUACAAGGAGAAGAAAUAAAAAUUAUUUCAAUUUAACAAGACAGAGAAAAUUAUUUUGAGAAACUUAAGCUAUCUAUAGUUGUUGAAUUAAUUUAUAUAUUAAAAAAAAAGUAUUGAGAAAUGUUGCAGAAAUUUUUCUAAUUUAAAGUUCUUUGAGAGAUAAUAAAAUAACAUUCAUAUUCCAUCUCCUCGAUCCCCCUUCUCAUUUUCAUUCGACAAAGAAAAAAAUGCAUAAAAAUAAUAAUACAUGAAUAGGUAGAUAUGAAUUCUAUAAAUAAAACAUUUAGAGAGAAACAAAUUCUGCUGAAAAAUAAAUUAAAAAUUUUUUUGUUUGUGAAGUUUCUUUUUUUGGAACAAAUGACAGGCUAUAGUGAGCAAAAACAGUUAUUUAGACAGAAUUUCAUUUGUUUAACGCAAAUUGCUGACAAAAAAUUGGUAAUAAAUUCUAGGGGCUAUUCACUAAUGAUGACAAUCUAGUCACAAGUUUAAAAAUACCUUUUUUGAAAAAAAAACUUCUGAUGAUUUUUUUCAACCAUUCACUAGUUUUUCAUAUAUUCAAAUAUGUCAUAGACAACAGACAUUAUAAGUGAAUGAGCCCACAAAAUUUUGAAACUAUAGCGUUAAUUGAACAAUGCAAAUCCAAAUGGCGUUGAUAUUUGCCACAAAUCUCACAAAAUCAGCAAGCUACAUAAAAAAGGAAUAAAUAACGCUCAUGUCAUGCAAAAUCCGUUCAAAACAGCAUAAAAAUCAACAUUUUUUGAUUUCACAAGGAUCAAUGGUCACAAAAAAAAUCAAAUUAACGCUUAUCGACAAAAAAUUGCUUAACAUUUUCAAUCAAUCGCUCUAUUGAUCCCUGAGUAUUAUUUAAUUGUAAGCAUGGCAAAAAUACAAUAUCUCCAUACUAUUAAUUAAUUACCUAGAAAAUUCAUUUAUUGAAAUAUGAGUAAAUAAAUAGCAACAGUCAUUCAAUGCAGACAGAAAGAAAAUACACAAACAGUCAUAAAUAUGUAAUUUAAUUAUAAUGUAAUAUCCCCCAAAAAAGGCUUUAAUAAAU